AUGGCUACCUCAGCCCUGAACCUGAAAUCCGGCGGCUCGAAGCCCGCGUCCACGGCGCUGAUAGCUACGUCCGAUGAGUCGAACAAGUCACCCAAGCACUAUCGCGGCUUUGUCGCCGGUGUCUUCAGUGGCAUUGCGAAGUUGUCUGUGGGUCACCCAUUCGAUACUGUAAAAGUCCGCCUACAAACGACCGAGAAAUCGCAUUUCCGGGGUCCGGUAGACUGUCUUAUGCAGACGUUGAGGAAGGAGGGGUUUGCGGGGCUGUACAAAGGUGCUACACCGCCGCUGGUGGGAUGGAUGUUUAUGGACUCGAUCAUGUUAGGAUCUCUCAGCGUAUACCGUCGCGUCCUCAACGAUCGAGUCUUCAAUCCCCCCUCACAUCUCCGACUUGGCGAACAGCAGAGUAAGCUGCCCGUAUACGGUCAUGCAUUAGCAGGGACCAUGGCGGGAUGGACAGUCUCCUUCAUUGCCGCGCCGGUCGAGCACAUAAAAGCGCGCCUGCAAGUGCAAUAUGCAGCCGAUAAGAGCGCACGCCUGUACUCCGGACCGAUCGACUGCCUCAAGAAGAUAUACACUGGUCAUGGAGUAAGAGGAGUAUACCAUGGUCUCAGUGCAACGCUCCUGUUCCGCACAUUCUUCUGCUUCUGGUGGGGAACCUACGACCUCUUCACACGGCAGCUACAACAACAUACCUCGCUCUCUGCACCAGCCGUGAAUUUCUGGGCAGGAGGUUUAUCAGCCCAGAUAUUUUGGUUGACCAGUUAUCCGAGCGACGUAAUCAAGCAGCGCAUCAUGACGGACCCGCUUGCACAGAGGAGAUUCCCAAGAUGGCGGGACGCCGCGAAAGCGGUCUACAGGGAACAAGGCUGGAAGGGAUAUUGGCGGGGGUUCGUGCCAUGUUUCCUGAGAGCAUUCCCGGCGAACGCCAUGGCAUUGGUAGCAUUCGAGGGAGUCAUGAGGAGUCUGCCAGAAUAA